AUGACCAGUUUAUGGAGAAAUAUAACUUACAUUUUCCUGCAACUGUACAUUACUCUUGUUUUUCUUAACAGAUAUCAGCGCCAACCUUCUACAGCCACUUUCCUGCAGCACCUGUCGGAGUACAAUGGCUCAACAGGUGAGCCAAAAACUUGGGUGGCAUCAGGUCCCAGAACUAGCAGGGAUAUUUAUGACUUUAACAAGCAGAGUGAGAUAUCAUCAAUCACAAAUUUUCCUACACAAACCAAGUUAUCUCACAGAGAAUUAACUGACUACAUUGGUGAAGUGAGAAAUCUUGUACCAACAGAAAAACAGAGAUCAGAUAAGGGGAGGAAUACAGAAAGAAACAAAUGUGCACAGCACGAAGGGUGGGAAAACACAUGGCCAAUAAACUACAGAGGAAUAAGAGAAAACUUUGGAACAAACAUUCACAACGAGCUCCAAGCAUAUGCCGUCUGCUAUCAUCAUAAACUUUCCAAAAAAACACCUCAUUUUGAGGUUGGGGAGUGGAGAUCAUCUAGGUGUGCUUCAGACAUGGAGAAAGUGUUGGGAUGUCGCCAGUGGGCUGUUAGUGCAGAGACCACUGAAAAUUUCCAGCCAACUGCUUUAACAUCACAGAAAAAAGACAAAACUGACCUCAGCAACAGAGAGAGGGAACAUCGGUGGAAAUGGAGCCCUUGGAGUUCAAGAAAUACAGAAAGUCUUUUCCCAGUAGGAUCAUUUAAACAGCCUCCAUCCUACAUGGCACCACGGGCAUACAGCUCCCCGAAGGAUGGUGACAAGAUAGCAGGAAUACCGAAAGUUACUAGAGAGGCAAGUGUGGAAGCAUUUCAGGAGCAAACAUUUGAGAGCAGAAAAGUAAACUUUACAGAUUCGACAGAAACACAUCAUGAUCUUUCAUCAAACAAUGAACAUUAUUUACAAAACAAUAACCAGACACAGAACACAGAGAGUUAUCGCAGUGAUAUCACGGGUGGACUACACUGUCUGGAAACCUUAAAUACAUCCACUGUCAUGCAGUACACAACAACAAACACAAUACCACCUUCUCCACAAGCACAGCUACAGUACCGAGGGUCUUCACACAUGACCCAUCCUGAAAUUACUCAAAAGAAGCAGACCAAACUUACAAGAAGAAAAGGUGGCGAGACUGUGUUUUGUCUAGUCUCUCGUAUGGGAGAAGUGUCAGGCUUGUCCAGUUCUCCAGAGGAGCCACUUAAAUCCCACGUGUUACCUCUGUUAACUGAUUGCAAACCUGAUGACAAGACAAUCACCACUGAGCAGAUAAAUUCACCUCAGGGCAAUGAUGACAGCAGACAAAAUCAGGAUGCAUACUUGAAGAAGGACAAAGCUGUGGGGCAGUUCAACGGAUCCUUAAUGUUUGGAGAGUAUAGUCAUACACCCCUAGAUCAAAGAUCCAGUUCUAUUCAGGAUUUGGGUAAUGUAAUAAAACCAGAUGAAAGUAAAGAAGAGUUGCAAUGUUAUGUCCAAGGGAAUUACUCAGAGUCAAACUGUUUAGCCCAGAAGUCACUUAUGCAAACAGACGGACAUGAGAAACCAUGCAGGGAAAUCAUAGAGAAAUUCCCAUUGUGGAAAGGGCCAAAAUAUCGGCAUCACUCGAUGGGUAUGACAGAGCAAAGAAAUGAGCAAAGCCAGCAUACAUAUGAAUCAAUCCACAGAACAAGGAAAUGCACCAGCAUUGGAUGA